AUGGCCCACUGCUCCGCUCCGGUCCAGGGCAUUGUCGGCUCAUACACCGGAAAUAGCUUCGCGCUACAGGCCUUUCUUGCCAGCCUUCUCGGGCUAGCUCUUUACAAUGCAAUAGAACUCAUCAUUCUAGUAUUUUCGAUCUUCCGCGUAUACAAAGGCCUUUACUUUUGGAGCCUCCUCAUCACUGGCCUCCUUGGCGUCAUUCCUGAUGCUUUAGGUCUCUUGUUGAAAUAUUUCAAGCUGGCACCCAUCUGGAUACCAGUCACACUAUCCACCGCGGGAUGGAGCAUAAUGGUGACGGGACACUCACUGGUCUUAUACUCGCGGCUACACCUCAUAUUACGCGACGAAAGAAUCUUACGCGGUGUCCUGGCAAUGAUUAUCAUUGACGCAAUCAUUCUGCAAAUCCCACAGAUCAUUGCUUCCUAUGGUGUUAUAUAUGCUUGCCAUCUGGCAUUUGGUCGAUUCUUCGACACCUGGGAAAAGGUUCAACUCACGGGCUUUUUUGUACAAGAGAUUGUCAUCUCAAGUAUCUUCAUUGUACAGACUCUCAAUUUGUUACACAGCUACCCAACGAGGAGCCAACGAAAAACCAACAUUAUGUACCAGCUAUUGGUUAUCAAUUUUGUUAUUAUUCUCAUGGACAUUUCGCUUGUUGUGAUGGAAUUCACUGGCUUGUUCAUCAUUCAGACUGUGUUGAAAACAUUUUUCUAUACCGUCAAGUUGAAGCUGGAAAUCGCAGUUUUGUCGAGGCUGGUUACAUUUGUACAAUAUGAUAUCUCUCAAGACUCAUCAGGGUUGAGCAACCCACAAUGA